UUCUUCGUCUUCUUUUUCUGCUUCGUCAUGUUUGUUACAAUGCCAGCCAUAAUCCUGCCUCUCGUUCAUACCUUUGUCAUGGAUUCGAAUUCGGCAUGUCUUCACUCACCAAGACAAACGAGAGUUCGUAAGAAACCGUCCAGGCUGCAAUUUUUUAUGUCUUCUUAAGCAAGCGUCGUUGAUUUGGAACAGGACGUUUUGUGCAGCAAACUGUGAUCGCAAAUCGCAGCCAUGAUGUUCGUAAUUAUAAUCGGGUGUAGGCUUCGUUGCUUGCUCAGCGUUGGAUAGGAUAGGCGUUGAAAUGCUUGUCGAAGGUGUUGCAUCGCUUAGGGCAGAACGAUCAGUAAUUACGUUGCGUGUGAUUAUUAGUGCUGUUAAUGUCUCGGCCAACGUCAGCAUAGAUUCGAGACUUAACGAUAUUGGAGGGGGCUUUAGAGAUCACAUGUCGAUGAACUCUCAGAGCGUCCGAUUCAAUUACUCAUGGUUUUCUGGCACUGUUACAAAUUCUUCUACUCCUCUUGAGGAAAAUGGCGCAAAAGGCUGCAGAAGUGGCUUUUGAAAACAUCAACAUUAAAGAAUACCACAAAGCGUCAGCACUAUUGGAGCUCCUAUACUGCAAUAAGAAGAAUCAUAUCUGAAAGCAUUCCGAUGUCGACAUCACUUGUCCUCUUUUACAUGCUUCAAAUUGAAUCAAAAUCUCUCUGAAUAGUAUAUCGAUGGCUGGAAAUACUCUGGAUGUGGUGACAUCAGCAUGGAUCAAUGUUGUUACUUCAAUUGUAAUCUUGCUUGCAUUUGCUGUUUUGAAGAAUCAGCCUAUGAACGCUCGUGUGUACUUUCCAAAGUGGUUUUUAGAGCUUCAUAAACGAAGCGCUGGUUCAGCAGGAGGGUUCGAUCCCGCUAGUCGCACCACCAAUCCUAUUGGUAGAUUUUUGAAUUUGAACGUUAAGAGCUACGCUCAUGUCAUGGAUUGGAUAUGGACGACCCUCCGCAUGCCAGAGAUGGAACUAAUAGAGCAUGCUGGCCUGGAUUCUGCCGUUCUUCUGCGAGUGUUUCUUUUAGGGUUGAAGAUGUUUGCGCCGAUGUUGGUGUGGGGUUGCUUCGUGUUGAUUCCUAUCAACAAAACAGAUAAUGAGCUCAUGUCCUAUCAGAAAUCCAAUCCCAACUUCGCCUACAGUACUGUCGACAUGAUGUCCAUCGCAAAUGUCCACGACAAAUCAAAACGGCUUUGGGCUCACUUAUUAGCAGCCUAUAUGUACACUGCUUGGACGUGCUUGAUGCUCUUCAAAGAAUAUGAACAAGUCGAAAGUUUACGAUUCAAGUUUCUUGCUGCUCAGAAACGGCGUCCUGAUCAAUUCACAAUUUUGGUGAGGCAAGUUCCUAGAGUGGGACAGAUCAAAGUCAGUCAACAGAUCGAGAACUUCUUCAAGGAAAAUCACUCAGAACAUUAUAUCACCCACCAGGUUGUUUACGAUGCAAAUUACUUAUCUUUACUAGUAGAAGAUAAGGAAAAAUGUUUGGACACGAUUGAGUAUCUUCAGAAGCAGCAGGGCGGCAGUCAAAGUUCCCAGUGUCCAACUACUCGGAAAGGAUUUCUUCGGAUAGUUGGAGAGAAAGUAAAUUCAAUUGACUUCUACACUUCUAAAUAUAAUCGGCUUAUUGAAGAGAUAAAGACAGUGCAAUGCCACAUUUUAUCAAGUGAGAAGUUUGUCAUGAAGGCGGGUUUCGUGUCGUUCAACUCACGAUGGGGUGCUGCAGUGUGUGCUCAAACGCAACAAAGCAAGGAUUCAACUUGCUGGUUGACGGAUUGGGCUCCAGAAGCACGGGAUGUCUGUUGGGAUAAUUUAUCCAUACCAUACAUGGCGCUUAACUCACGACGUCUACUCGUUGGAUUUCUUAUAUUCUUCAUAGCGUUCUUUUUCAUGAUCCCAAUUACAUUCGUUCAAUCACUGGCGAAUUUGGAUGCCUUGGACAAGAACUUUCACUUUCUGAAGCCUCUCAUCGACCAGAGUUUUAUAAGGUCUGUUCUCCAAGGCUUUUUACCAGGCCUCUCACUGAAUCUGUCGCUUCAUUUUCUUCCCCAAUUGAUGAUGUUUCUCUCUAAAUUUGAAGGCCGCGUUUCAUAUUCUAAGAUUAUGAGGAGUGCUGCUACAAAGUACUUCAUUGUCAUGGUCGUCAACGUUUUUUUCGGCAAUGUUAUUGUGGGUUCUGUAUUUGUGCAGCUGAAGCAGUACAUAAACUCUCCAAUAAGGGUCCCGAAGGCAUUUGGAAGUUCCAUACCAAUGAAGUCGACAUUUUUCAUUACUUACAUCAUGGUGGACGGUUGGUCGACUGUUGCAGCUGAAGCACUGCGACUUGGGGCAUUUAUGUGGUAUCAUCUGCAGAAUAUGGUGAUAGUAAAAACAGAGAGGGACAGAAAUAAUGCUAUGGCAUUUUCAACACUUCAAUACAAUGCAGUCCUUCCGAAAUUGGGACUUUACUUUCUCCUUGGCCUCGUAUAUUCGGUCAUUUCACCUCUCAUCCUGCCGUUUAUUAUUGUGUUCUAUGCCUUCGGAUACAUCAUAUAUCGGAACCAGGUGAUAAACGUUUACGUGCCAAAAUUUGAAAGCUCUGCUGCAUUUUGGCCGCUCGCACACCGAUUCAUAAUCGUGGCUCUUCUGAUAACCCAUAUCACUCUGAUAGGUCUUUUCUCAAUCAAAAGAUCUGCAGCGUCUACACCUCUCUUGCUACCCUUGCCUGUACUGACUUUAUUCUUUCAUUGGUACUGCACGGAUAGAUAUGGACCUGCAUUCGACCAAUACCCACUUCAGGAAGCACGAGCCAAGGAUAAUUUAGAAAGGACUUUAGAACCUAACCUGGAUGUGAGAAGCUUUCUUGAAAGAGCAUAUUUGCAUCCUGCAAUAAAAGCAGCCUUGGCUGAGGACACUGUAGCCUUGGAUGCAAGCGGAAUCUACAAUCUACUCGGCAAUAGAAUUACCGAAGCAUCGUCAAGGCCUGCACAGAGCUCCCAGAGGUCCAAUGUUGAUAACAAGCAGUACGAGCAGACCUGCAUUGUCAGCAUUGAUUCACAAUCUACUUCUACGAUGUGAAGUUCCUCGAUAGAAAAUCUCAAAUCACUGCACCUGGUAAAUUAGAGUGCUUCCGAAGACGAGAUUGAAUGUGCUCACUACUUGUUCACAGCUGGGUUCUGCAAGGUACGUUUCUAGUUGUAGUUGUGCACCUAGACUCGAGUGGUAUUCAACCAUUAAUCUAGCAGAAUAUUUUCACGAGCUGGGCAAGGUACAUGUGGUGUGCAAAUUCUUGCCCAGCAAUGCAUGCUUUCACUGCAGGCGGAACUUGAGCCAAACUGGAAUCUAACUUGGCUUACAACUUCGAAAGAAAUUGUAACCAACUUAAUGCAUCGCUGAGGGUACUUACA